AUGCGCCCUGAUGGUACUGAACCCGGCGAUGGAAACAUCGCUGGCGGGAAUGUCGCUGUGCAGGAGCCUGGCAACCUGGAGGUCCUCUGUGGCCCGCUGCUGAACUACAAGCAUAUGGGCGCCGAUGGAAACUCCCGUCAGUCCUGGAACGGAAGUGUCCUCAUAGUUACAAAGCCGUGCGAGCAGCCACCCGUGUUGCAAUUGCAAUGUCUCGGCCCAGUCUCGAACGUCCAGGGCCCGAUCGAUGGUGCUGGCGGUGUCCAGCCGACGGUCGACGGCGUCAAGUUGUUUGCCAACCCUACUUCGGCCUUCUGGCGCUUCCGUCUUACUGUUCCCAUGGAGAGCUACGAAGCUCGAUGGCAGUAUACCAUUCCAGGCUUCCGGCAUGUCGAUGAGAAGCAUACGAUGACCUCAUGGAACUUCAUCGUGCCCUCCGUGGAGGAAUCGAUGCGCAUCAUGUUCCACUCCUGCAAUGGCUUCUCCGUCGGCACGGAUCUCGGCCAUUGGCAGGGCCCUCUCCUAUGGCACGACGUCCUUCGACUUCACGCGCAAAGACCCUUCCAUGUGAUGAUCGGAGGCGGUGAUCAGAUAUAUAACGAUUCCGUCCGUACAGAGGGCCCGCUCAAGGAGUGGACUGAUAUCUCGAACCCUCACAGGAGACGGGCGCAUCCGUUUCCAAACAGCCUGAGGGAGGAGUGCGAUGCAUUCUACUUCAAGAACUACGUAAAGUGGUACGGGACAGAGCCGUUUGCAACCGCCAACGCCCAGAUCCCCCAGAUCAAUAUCUGGGAUGAUCAUGAUAUCAUUGACGGAUUCGGCUCCUACACGGAUCAUUUCAUGAGAUGUGCUGUCUUCCGCGGUCUUGGAGGCGUGGCCUUCAAGUAUUACUGCCUAUUCCAGCACCACAACGCCCCUCCAGUGUCGACCUUCACGACAGACGCUCCCCAGACAAUGCAGGCUUCCGGUGGCACUGCUGGGCCUGACCAACGCCAGCUUGAAAACAGCUACGUUUACAAGGAGACCCAGGAUGAACCAAGCUGGAUAGUCGGUUCCAAGCCGGGUCCAUAUGUCGAGGAAACAAGUAGAAAUCUCUACAUGCGACUCGGAAAGCGCAUUGCGUUUGCAGGAAUUGAUGCACGCACCGAGCGAACUCGCCACCAGGUCAACUACCCGGAGACCUACGAUGCCAUUUUUGCCCGCCUCAAACGAGAGUUCGCCGCCGCGAAUGGAGAAAUAAAGCAUUUGAUUCUCCUACUUGGUGUCCCGAUUGCCUAUCCUCGCCUUGCUUGGUUGGAGAACAUCCUCUCCUCCCCGCUUAUCACUCCCAUCCGCUUGUUAAACAAACGAUUUGGCUGGGGCGGCAGUUUCUUCAACAAAUUCGAUGGCCAGGUGGAUCUUCUCGAUGACCUGGAUGACCACUACACUGCGCGACAGCAUAAAUCUGAGAGAAGAAAUCUGAUCCAGCGCUUACAGCAGCUAUCCAGCCGCUUUUCUGUCCGUGUUACCAUCCUCGGCGGUGAUGUCCACCUGGCAGCCGUUGGUCGAUUCUACUCUAGAGUCAAGGACCAGGUCCCAAUUGAUAAUGACCCAAAAUAUAUGAUCAACAUUAUCAGCAGUGCCAUCACCAACAAGCCUCCGCCAAAGGCCGUUGCCAAUCUCCUUGCCAGCAGGAACAAAAUCCACCACCUCGACCGCCAUACUGAUGAAACUCUCAUGAAGAUCUUCAACGAGCAGCCGGGCGGAAAGGAUAAGUCCUCUGCGUCCAAUAAGGUGACGAUGCCGUCUCGUAAUUAUGCCUGCAUCACUGAAGUCACUGCCCCGGCGAAUAACCCCGUGGCUUCAGGUGAACAAGCCGAGUUAUCCAAGGCGCCAAAGGACGGGCACGAUCCCCUACAUCCAGGAGAACAAGAUGCUGGAACGAAGUACCGCUCUUCUGAUGGCGUGAGCAAUGUGACGGGCAAGGCCGGCGGGCUAGAUAUAGCCAUUCGCGUUGAAAUCGACCCUGCCGAUAUUGAAGGGAAGACAGAGGGAUAUGGAUUCAGUGGUAUGUUUCGAUCCUCCCAGCUUACACGGCACUACGUGCUUUGCUAUAUUACUCCUCAUCGCCACCACGUUUGA